AUUAUUGCUACUAUGACUACUUCUUUUACUUUUUCAAACACUACUACUCAAGUUGAUCCAUUUACUCAACUUGAUGUAUUAACACUUCUUAACUUAUUAAAAAAGUCUCAAGAACGAUAUAAGAUUGCAGAAAACAAAAUUAUAGAAUUACAAGAAAAAUUAAAUGAACAAGAAAAAUUAAAUGAGCAAUUUUCAUGGAUUAAUAGUAAUAUUGUACCUUUGAUUUUGUGGCCUAUACAAGAUAAUAUAGAAGAAUUUUCUAUUUCAAAAAUUCCACUUGCAAAAGUUUUUAAACUUAAUAACAAGACUAUUCGUGAAGUUAAAAAGACUUUUGGAUUAUUUUUGGAUAAUUAUAAUAUAUCAAAAAAUUAUACUAUAUCUAAAAUCGAUCCUUUACAUUCUCAAUAUAAGGAAUAUUUUGAAGACAAUAUAUGGGUAUAUGAAGAAAUUAUGAAACAAGUUAUGCAAGAUCAUGACAAGGUCAAUAUGAAUAUGGAUAUUGAGGAUGAUUAUAGUGAUACUCAAGAAAAUUAUGAAAAUACUAGUCAUAUUUUAAAUAAUGCUAAGGCCAAAAAAGAGGCCAAUGAAUAUGAAGAGAGCGAAAACUUUAUUAUUCUCAAGCUUGGUUUUUCCUUAUUUAGAUUUGGCACCUUCACAGCAUUUGUUAUUCUUGAUUCCAAAGCCAUCCCAUAUCUUUUUGUGCCGAGUGUAGCAUUUUUAGUGAUUCCCACGGUAAUCAAUUUAUUUAUUGCAUUUUGGGUAUUAUUAUCUGAUCAGAGCCGGGAUUAUGUCAAAUGGUUUGCUAGACAUGGAAGAGUUGCUAUCACGGUUGCAUCAUUAUCCGGCGCAGAUAUUGAUAUAUUGUUAAUGUUAAAGUCGCGUUUGGCGGGACUUAGGAUGUUCAAUGCGCCGUUUAACAAUAAAUCGUUGACAAUAAUUUUUUGGGGUGCAUGUGCUGAUAUAUUUUUGUCAGAUAUACCGCAUUUUGUUAUUCAGGUAUUAUUCAUUAAUUCUAGCGUCCUACUUGAUCCCAUUCCGAUAUUUACCUUAGCAUCGUCAG